CGGAGGAAUCGGACGAUGGGAGCCACGGUGAGAGGAUAUUCAUAACAGGUUUUAGACUUCGUUCUGGUCCCGUCUUCACCUGCAGACGCUGCCAGCUCCGGUCAGACAUGGAGAAGGUUGUUCUUGUAACCGGCGCGAACAGCGGCAUCGGUCUGGCCCUGUGCGAAAGGCUGCUGACCACGGACAGCCGUCUCCGGCUGUGUCUGGCCUGCAGAAACAUGCAGCGGGCCGAGGCCGCCCGCUCCGCUCUCCUGACCUCUCACUCCAACGCGCAUGUAGACUUGCUGCACCUGGACGUGGGCUCUGUGCAGUCAGUGCUCACUGCUGCUCAGGAGGUCAAGGCCAGAUACAACAGAAUUGACUUUCUGUAUCUAAAUGCAGGAAUUAUGCCCAAUCCACAAAUUGAUGUCAAAGCUUUUUUCAAGGGUCUGUUCUCCAGGAAUGCCAUCGACAUGUUUGCGACAGCAGAGGGUCUCUUGACUCAACAGGACCGGCUCAACUCAGACGGUCUGCAGGAGGUUUUUGCCACCAACCUCUUCGGUCAUUUUCUCCUGAUCAGGGAGCUGGAGCCUCUGCUGUGUGAGGCAGCUCACACGUCCCAGAUAGUGUGGACCUCCUCGAGUAACGCCCGCCGCUCUGCCUUCAGCAUCGAGGACGUGCAGCACGGAAAUGGGACGGAGCCCUACAGCUCCUCCAAGUACGCAUCAGACAUGCUCAGCCUGGCACUCAACAGACACAAGAACAGCCAGGGGCUGUUCUCCUCCGUAAUAUGUCCCGGACUGGUGAUGACUAAUCUGACCUACGGUAUUCUCCCCUCCUCCUUCUGGACCCUCAUCAUGCCCAUCAUGUGGCUGAUUAGGAUCUUCACCAACACAUUCACGCUAACGCCAUACAACGGAGCAGAGGCGCUGCACUGGUUAUUUGUACAAAACCCAGAGUCUCUGGAUCCGAGAGCAAAGUAUCACAGUUUAACGUCGGGACUUGGAGCGAACUACACUCAGCCUCGACAGAUGGACAUCGAUGAAGAAAUGUCUGAGGUCCUCUAUUCAAAACUUCUUGAUCUUGAGAAAGUAGUCAGAAAGAAAGCGUGAAAAAAAUGCUGACAAGGACGCUCAUGGACUUUAGUGAGAUAGAGUAAAUGUGAGUCUUAUAUAAAGGGACGUUUUUGCUUUUGGGAAAUGGACCAUGUGCACUUUCUGAUGAAGAACAAUGAACAUGAUGUUGUUCUUUUCAUUCUUGCUAGUUGUACUAUUGAAUUGCAUUUCUUUUCUGUCUAUUGUGUACACGUGAAUCCUAAAACACGUAAAAGAGGCAGCCUUUAUUUUACUCAUGCUUACGAGACCGCUGUGUAGUUAAUUUACAGCCAAACGUUUGCUUUUAACUUCAGGUGUUUGCAUUCACGCUUCAAAAAUCAUAAAAGUGGUGUUCAUUUGUGAAGAUUAUCUUGCUGAACAAAACAUGAAAGUAUCCUAAACUUGUGUUUUGUGUGCCUUUUUUGUGCAAUAAUCUUAAAUCCAUUGUAAAAGCCUCAUUGGCUUUUUGUCGAGGGAACCAGUGCGAUGCUAACUUCCCGGAGGCGGCCUACAAAAAUAAAUCAUCCCUGCACAACUCUACCAGCCUUUUUCAUAUUUUAAUAUAUGUUGUAUCUUCUUAAAGGUUGGUCAUUCACAAAUCUAGCAUGUCCUAACCUUCCACUCUCGUGAGAUCAAUAACCAGCAGGAGUCUAACCUGUUUCUCUUCUCUGGUUGUAAUGUAGAAACCACCGCCUGCUGCACCGUCACCUGAUAUCUGUAUCCUGUUUCUUCUACAACAGGCGUGCAGCUUUAAUUUGCGGGUUUGUGUAUAGUCUGCUUUACUGAGUCCACCCACCGACGAUCAGCACCACCGUCAGCUGUCAUCAGUGGCUUCCUUUUCCACAAAUCAUAAAUUAUGAUGCACAGUUAGGUGAAAAGAAUGUAAUAGAGCAAACAAAGUGUCAGAAUAACGCGGAUGUUUGAAAUGGCAUAGUGUGAUACCACUCGGCCUUUCAGAUCCUCUUAUGCACGGGCUUUGUUUGACUAAUAUCCUCUCACUGACAUGUUUAAUUGAACUGCUUCGGCAAAAGGCUUUGCUGGAUAAACUGCUUACUGCAUGAGUUCCUUUAGCGUUGGCUGUUCCUGACAGACAUGCACAGCUGCCACACUCAUUUGCAAGAUAUUUGCCUUUUUGCCUCUUCUGUUUGAGAUUGACUCCUGCAUUUUAUUAAUCAAAAAAAAAAGAUGGAAAUAACUAUAUCUAUUAUUGCUUUAUUAUAGAGAUAAAGAAAAUGGGAAAGUAAAGAAAAUGUACUUUUUUUUUAAAGCUAUUUUAGAUAAUUCCAGCUAAAUACCCGAAGCUUUAUGAAGGAAAUAUUCCACAUUUGGCAUUUAUUAUUAAAUUGUUUCAUUGCAACAAUGGAGGCUUUUCUCCAAUUUAAAAUACAUUUAUUUAAUGUGCAAAUCCUCACACACAUUACCACUGGAUCAGAUUGUGAGCUUACAAUCACGUCUCCGUGUCUUCGAUGGUCAGGUGAAAAUGAGCAAUGGUCCUAAACAUCCACGCGUGCCCUGGACCCUAAAUGGGUUUUCUUCUUCCAUUUAAAAUCAACUACAUCCUCGACUUAAAAAAAAACAUGCCUCAAGGUACAUAAAAAGGUUCCUGGAUUCAUGUCCUACAAGUGUGAAAGCUUUUUAAGUGCGCUGAGAGCUGCACGUACAGAGGGCAGACUUGUCAGACAUGUUACCACCAGCUGUUACUCAACAUGUCCCUGCUGGCCCUCACCACAGCAUUUGAUGCUUUUUAUAAAUUGACAAAUCCCACUUAAUCUUAUAUGUUUGACCGUAGU